AGGUAAUGUAAAUUGUAAAUAAUUAUUUACCAACCAACUGUUGUAAAAUUGUCGACGUUUGUAUGAAACAUUGAGGUUGAGUCAGAUAAAAUAUUUUAGAUAGUAAUAUAGCAUGAAUGAUAAAUAAAUCAAAUGCUUAAAGACAAAAUAGAUAAUUAGUGUAAGGUAUGUAUGAGUAUUAUAAAGAAGUAACAUGGAUCAACACCGAACGAGAGGUACAGAUUUUACAGCAGCUAGUUUUCAAAGCGAUGAACCCGGUUUUGAUAGGGCACGUAUCAGGAGACAAUCCGGUGGUUUUGUAGAUUUGGGUAAUGAGUCACAAUAUGGUACUGGUGGACAUCAAGCUUCAGGAGCUAAUGAGAUAUUUGCCGAUGUUCAGGGAGAUGCACCAUGGUGGAAAUCCAACUUCUUCAUAUCACAACCAGUUCUAUUUGGAACUUGGGAUGGAGUAUUUACAUCAUGCCUUAUAAAUAUUUUUGGCGUAAUUGUAUUUUUGAGAUCAGGAUGGAUGGUUGGGCAGGCUGGCUUAGUUAAUGCUGUUUUAAUAGUGAUUUUUACUGUUUUUGUCGCAUUGAUCUCCGUACUAUCAGCAGUAGGCAUUUGUGAAAGAUGUAGAAUAGAAAGUGGUGGAGUUUAUUUUUUGUUAGCUCACACCCUGGGAUCCCGAUUAGGUGGAUCUCUGGGUAUCAUCUACUGCUUUGGUCAGGCUGUUGGUUGUGCUCUGAAUGUGUUUGGUUUUGGUGAAUCUAUGGCAAGUCUCGUGGGCACUGACAAUACUUGGGCUGCAAGAGGCUUUGCUGUAUCAGCUGUCAUUCUAUUGGGUACAAUAAAUAUAGCUGGAGUCAAGUGGGUGAUCAAAUUGCAGUUUGCGCUUCUGCUCAUUAUAUUGGUUGCAGCACUUGAUUUCUUUGUUGGAUCCUUUACUACAGUACCAAAUCUGGAGUUCAAGGGAUGGCUUGGCGGAACCAUGGCUAACAAUACAUGGGCAGAUUAUCAAGAUGGAUACACAUGGUUCAAAUGUUUUGGUGUAUUUUUUCCAACAAUUACUGGCAUACUUGCUGGUAUUAAUAUGAGUGGAGAUUUGAGGAAUCCCUCUGUAAACAUACCUAAUGGAUCAUUAGCUGCAAUUAGCACAGGGACCUUUCUCUACCUAAUGUUUGUUAUAACAUUAGCAGCAACCGUCACAAGAGAAGCUCUACUAACAAACUUUUCCAUCACCACCGACUUGUCUGCUGUGAAAAUAUUAUUACUUGCCGGAUUAUAUGUCAGUUCAAUGAGCUCCUGCUUAGGCGCAAUGUAUGGAACACCAAGAGUACUUCAAAGCAUAGCGAAUGAGAAAGUUAUUCCUGGAUUGGACGCCUUGGGCCAUGGACGGGGGCCAAAUAGGGUACCCAUAUACUCCAUGGUCGUGGUAGCAAUAGUGACUGUUACUUUCAUCAUCAUCGGUGACAUAAACAAGCUGGCUCCAAUAGUAACCAUGCCAUUCCUCAUUACCUACGCUAGUAUUGACUAUUCUUACUUUGCGCUUGCUCAGACAUUUGAUUUGCAGCACAAACGCGAAAUGAGAUUUCAGGGUAAUACACCAAGAGACACUCAUGUUUACGGUGCAACUGGAAGUGACCUAGAUAUCUUAUUUCCAGAAAGAAUAAGGCACAAAACAGCCGGUGAUUAUUCACCCUCUCCAACAGAUUCGGCCAUGAUGAACGGGCGCGCGUCAAACGAUGAAAACCCCCUACCACCGAGUGUACAUUCCAAAAAUAAGAAGUGGUACUCACACUUAUGUAACAGAUGGCUGUCACUUGCUGGUGUUGCUAUAAAGUUACUGCUAAUGGUGUUGGUACACUGGGUGUAUGCCCUCGGUUGUUUGUCGAUACUGUGGCUGCUGUGGCUUUACAUCGGUGCAGCGAACCCUGCCGUCAAACCUGGACGGGCUUCCGAGUUCCAUUUCUUUCAUUGGCUGAAAAUAUCAUUUCUGCAGGCGAUUGGGAAGCGUCCGUUGGAGUACGAGCAGCUGGUGGUGACUCCCGUGUACAGUGGGAUCGCGACCGAGCAGGAGCGACUGAACGAUGACAACGAGGACUUCGCGUCCCGGCGCCGCUACCACCAGUCCACGGCGCUGCAGACACACCUGGUCAGUGUGGACACGUAGUGGACUGUAUAGCACCUGAUUUAAAUCAGAACCAAGUAGCAUCUGAUUUAAAUCAGAACCAAGUAGCAACUGAUUUAAAUCAGAAGCAAGUAGCAGCUGUGCCCAAGUCAUUUGAAUACAAUACAUUUUGAAGGAG